AUGGCCACCGACGAGUAUCUGCAUCCCGAUCGCCCGCCUGACGCAUUCCGCAUCAGCCGGAAGCCGGUGUCCAACCCGAAUCUGCGGGCCGCGGCAGGUGUCGAUCAUCCGUCAUCAACCUUGCCGCCUCAUGCCUCACCGUCUCCAAAUCUUGUGCCAGCACAGCCCCCAUCCUAUACAGAUCUCUAUGCUGGACAGCCACAGUCACCUGGACCACUUCCUCGGCCAAGGAGUGCAGGGCCAACGCCCUCUUCUACACCUCCACCUGCCUCUCCAACCCCUAUUCAAAAGGCAUAUGGCGAGGCACGACACUUCCUGGGAGGUCUGAUUGACCACCCAGCCGAAUCCAACAAGCAUUUUACCAUUCUCCGCCACUCUUCGGGGAUUGUUUUCUAUCGCGGCAUUGGCACGUCCGUCGCAGUGUCAAUCUUCUCGGAUGCCCCGUUGCCUCCAGACCGAACCUAUUGGCUGCAAAGCAAAGGGUGGACCGGAAAGACCGGAAUGCGUGCCAAAUCAUUGCUUCAUUUGCGCGAUGGCUGGGUGGAUGUCACUCCGUCCGUGCCAUUGAUGGCCGGCCAAGUCAACCCCGACGAUGAACGCGCGUGGCAGCGAGAUAUCAAGAAAUUCCGCAAAAAGGCACCCUCGCGGCCACGCGACACGCAUCAAUUGCGCGAGACAGCUGUUGUGCGUAUCCCAGCUGAGGCAGGCGAUGGGUAUUUCCAGCUUGUAUGCUGUCAGGGACUCAAAAAGAAGGUUCUUGCAAAUAGUCCUGUUUUCCGUGUGCUCUCAACAUCAGCUAGUCCCAGUUCAAUACGUGGUGCUAGUCUGAGCACCCUGCCGCUGGAGGUCGGGGCGAUGGUCGCUGGAUUAUAUGCACAGACUGCUGCUCAAACCGUAGUGGCACCUGUCAAGUCUGCCAUCCAGUCCAAAGUCAACCCUUAUCGCCCCUCGUGGGUGACACAAGCGGCAGCCAAAACUGCCUAUUCUACCACUGGAAUCCAGGAUCGAGUGGGUGAAGCGUUUAAUCCAUCCCCCGAUGCCACUCGAGGAGUCCAGGUCCAGGAGGACAACAAUCCGGCGGAAAGCUCCGAGCCUGCCCUGAUCGCUAUUGAAAAUGGCCCCCAGGAUCCGUUCCCCAUGGAGUUCAAGGCCCGCGCCCAGAUUGGCCAGAUGACCUCUCCUGUGGCCUCAUUUGAUACUCCUCGACUAGCUCUCUCAAAAGUCCCUGACUGGGUGCUUGAGCAGCUCCGGGGGUAUUUUUUUGGCUGGGCUCGGUUUGAUGUCAGUUCUGGAAAAGACGUUUCGUUUGGCCCGUGGUGUCCCAUGAUUCUAUCAGUGCAACCUCUGGAUCCGCUACAGGCCGCACGAGUCAACGUGGCUCAGAUAGCCAAACGUGUAGUGGCGCUACGUCUCUUGGGCGAAGUUCCCCUGCAGACUACUAAGCUGGAGGUUCGAGUGAUGGGGUUCCUUCGUGCAGGCAUCCCACCUCCGACUGGAAGCACCAGUCAGCAACUGGCUGAAGCGCAGGAGGCGGCAGCGGAAGCUGCUAUGUUGGCGGAUGUAUACGAUGCAUCUAUUGUGGAGAAUACUCUAGUUCACCAGGCGUGGGCACCAGACAGGCCAAGCUCGCGUGAGCUUCCACAGCCAGCGACAGGAUGGAAGGACCGUACACGUGCGGGAUAUAGCAAUGCGCGCGCACAGGGCCAGAAGCUAGUAGGGCAGGUGCCGUUGCAUCGCCUCGGGGUCCGGUCGAUGACAGAUGGAAUAAGGGAGAAGCACGUUGCUACAAGUGGUUUCUAUAUUGUCCGAUGA